AUGUUUUGUCAUCGCACAAAGAGGAGGGGACCAGAGAGUAGGAGUUUGUUUUCUGAAGGCAUUUUCAACUACCAAACUUUUCUCGAAAAUCUUUCCUUCAUUUGCUUUGCCUUUUCAGAAAUCAUUAUCUAAAACAGGAAUAACAAAAAAGAUCGAGAAACGGGGGAUCAAGAAAUUUCCGUCAUCUUUUCCGGAGCCAUCCGCCGCCACCUCUGAAAGCUCCAACGAAAAACUGUAAAGGUGGCAACAGCAGCAGCUGGGCACCUAGCGGAAUAGUUGCUGAUCUCUCUUGUCAAGGGUCACUUCCAUCGAUCCAUGUGUAUCGCCAUAUUCAUUUGGAAAGUGCACCCAUUCUAUCCAUUCCUCCUGCUUCUCAAUCGGGACGAAUAUCACAAUCGCCCCACCAUCCCUCUGGGCUGGUGGCAGGAUGAUCCCCACAUCCUUGGUGGAAGAGAUGCCGUCGCUGGUGGCACUUGGCUCUGUUGUUCCAAGGAUGGACGGCUGGCCUUUCUCACCAAUGUACGGGAACUCGUCCACCCAUCCUCUCCGCAUCAACAGCCAAAGAGCCGGGGUUAUCUUCCCCUUCGAUUCCUUCAGAGCAAGAAAAGUCCUGAAGAAUUUGCUGAUGAACUAGUUGAAGAAGCAACUCUCUAUAAUGGGUUUAACUUGAUUGUUGCUGAUCUUUGUUCAAUGUCCAUGCUGUACAUAACCAACCGACCAAAAGGCAGCGGCAUUAUUGCUACACAAGUUUCACCUGGUAUUCACGUCUUGUCUAAUGCAAAGCUUGACAGCCCGUGGCCUAAGGCUCAAAGAUUGGAGCAAAGCUUUAAGGAUCUGAUGGAUAAAUAUGGAGGAGAGAUCCCCUUAAAAGAGAUGUCUGAAAAAUUAAUGAAUGACACAACUAAAGAUGAUGAAAGCAAAUUACCUCAGAUUUAUCCCCCAGAGUGGGAAUACCAUUUGAGUUCCAUAUUUGUUGAUGCUGAUAUGCCUACGGGACGUUAUGGUACGAGAAGUACUUCCGCAUUGGCUAUGAGUACAAGUGGGAACAUAACAUAUUUUGAAAAGCAUCUUGAUGCAGACUUGUGGAAGGAGCAGAUCAUCAGCUUCCAGAUUAGGAGAGAAACAAUGACAUAGUGUCCUCUUUCAAGAUAGUUUGAACUAAACAAUGCUGUAACAAAUAUAGGUAAAUCUACUUCACAAUUCUUGUAUCUACCGUACAAUACUUGUGUUCAUCCUGUUUCUGUUAUUCCAUCCAUAUUCCGAACACGUGAAUAAACCUUUCAGUUGAUAUGCGCUGUUUGAAGAUAGUUUAGGGAUGAACUAACUUGAAGCAUAUGAAGGUUUUUAGCACUUUGUCAGCACCAGCGUGCUUUUAAGUAAUUGGUUUUAAAGAGGCUGCAAGUUAGGC